AGUCGCGCGGAGCACACGGCGCGGCGCUGGGCGCGCGGAGGUGGCCGUCUUGGCCGGCGGCAGGUGAGCGCGGGGCGAGCGGGCGGCCUCGCGGAGGCGGCACCCGGCGCUCCCUGCGGUGGGACGGCGGGAGGACUCGCGAGGGGGCCGGCGGGGAACGGCGACGGCGCGGGGGGCUGCAGGUGCUGCAGGAACGGGCCUCCGGGGCGGCCUUCCCGGCCGGAAUUCGCUUCAGCGCCGUGCGGGGCGCCCGGCCUCCCCUACCGGCCGUCCCAGCGUGUGCAGAAAUGCCCGCUGUGUGGGAGGGCUGCUGCUGAGGGCCCGCCGCGUUUCAGCUGCGUCCAGCGGGGACGGAGCAGAGAAGUUCAGUCAUGGCGGGAGAUGCCAUCAUGGUCAUGAGAGGUUUGACAAAGCUCAGUAAAGCAGUCCUGGAAACCCAAGCAGGACAGCUUCGGCAGGUGAUCCUUGGGGGCGAUGCAGUUACCAUUGCAAAGAGUCUCCAGGCCACUGCUGAAGAGCAGUUUAGUUCUGCUUUGGGGAAAAUGCAGGAACUGGGCAAACAGCAGGAGAACUUAAGUGAUUUCAGUGAGGAUUUUGGGAAAGACUAUGACUUCUUGGCACAAGAGCCACCAGAUGCUUCAAGGGACUUCUCUACUGCCCCCAGCAAGCCUCAUGAACACAGCAGUGAAGGCCCUGCUUACUCAUACACUACAAAUGGACCUUUUAAAAGUGUUGGUGAGACUGGAGAUUCUGGCCUGGGUCAGAAGCCUUUCCCUCCCAAAAUGGAUGCAAAGUUAUUUGGAGGCUUUAGGGACCCUGGAAAUCCUUUUGCUGCUGUCUUUGGACAAAAUAGGGCUUUUCACCAAGAUCAUUCCUCUGUUGGUGGAUUAACGGCUGAAGAUAUUGAUAAAGCCAGACAGGCCAAAACUGAGCAGAAACCCUACAAACAGAUGCUAAGUGAACGGGCUCGGGAGCGAAAGGUUCCUGUCACGAGGAUCGGACGGCUUGCCAACUUUGGAGGAUUGGCUGUUGGUCUUGGCAUUGGGGCGUUGGCAGAAGUUGCAAAGAAGAGCCUUCGACCUGAAGAACGUAGUGGAAAGAAAGCGGUGAUGGAUUCCAGCCCAUUCCUGUCAGAGGCCAAUGCAGAAAGAAUUGUGAGAACGCUGUGCAAGGUCCGGGGAGCAGCGCUGAAGCUGGGACAGAUGUUAAGCAUCCAAGAUGAUGCCUUCAUCAAUCCACACCUCCAGAGGAUUUUUGAGCGUGUACGUCAGAGUGCCGACUUCAUGCCAAUAAAGCAGAUGAUGAAAACACUGAACAAUGACCUUGGACCCAACUGGAGAGACAAACUGGAAUCAUUUGAAGAACGCCCUUUUGCUGCUGCUUCAAUUGGUCAGGUUCACCUGGCACGCUUAAAAAAUGGGAAAGAAGUUGCUAUGAAAAUUCAGUACCCUGGAGUUGCCCAGAGCAUCAACAGUGAUGUUAAUAACCUGAUGACUGUCCUGAGCAUGAGCAAUAUUCUGCCUGAAGGUUUGUUCCCUGAGCACUUGAUUGAAGUCCUGAGCAGAGAGCUGGCCCUGGAGUGUGACUACCAGAGAGAAGCUGCCUGCGCAAAGAAAUUCCAGGAGCUGCUGAAAGACCACCCCUUCUUUUACGUUCCAAGAGUAGUGGAUGAGCUGUGCAGCAAACAUGUCCUGACCACAGAGCUGGUGUCUGGCUUCCCCUUGGAUCAAGCUGUAGGGCUGAGCCAGGAGAUCCGAAACGAGAUCUGUCACAACAUUCUGGUCCUGUGUCUGCGGGAGCUGUUUGAGUUCAGGUACAUGCAGACUGACCCAAACUGGUCCAACUUCUUCUAUGACCCACAGCUGCACAAAGUGGCUCUGCUGGACUUUGGAGCAACACGAGGGUUUGAUGAGAAGUUCACCGAUGUUUACAUCGAGGUAAUCAAGGCAGCUGCUGACAUGGACAGAGAGAGAGUACUGAAGAAGUCCAUUGAAAUGAAAUUCCUCACUGGCUAUGAAGUCAAGGAAAUGGAAGAUGCCCACUUAAACGCUGUCCUCAUCCUGGGAGAGGCUUUUGCGUCUGAAGAACCUUUUGAUUUUGGCAACCAAAGCACCACUGAAAAGAUCCAUGGUUUAAUUCCAGUGAUGCUGAAGCAUCGGCUUGUUCCUCCACCAGAAGAGACCUACUCUCUUCAUCGGAAGAUGGGGGGUUCUUUCCUUAUCUGCACCAAACUGAAGGCCAAAAUUCCUUGCAAAAACAUGUUCGAAGAGGCAUACAGCAAAUAUUGGAGCAAUAGGGGCAAGAAGCCAGAGGAUUAGUAAGAAUGAACUAAUGUACCUUGUUCUGAGGGCACAGUUUGCGCCUUGCAAAGAGCGCUCUAGCCUCCCAUGUGUUGCGUUGUAGCUCUCCAUCCUCUUGAGAUGCAGCAGCCUGUGCCCUGGAAGCCAAGCGUGCAUUUCACGAGGACAAAGUUUGUUCUUUCAUGUUCUGUCUGUCCUACACUAAGACUGCCAAUACAGUCUGCAGCUUGCAGGAAAACAGCUCCAGUGCUUCUGUACUGUUUCAAGGCACCAGCCAACUACCUUGAAUACAUUUUUAACAUUGUGAUGGUGGCUGCAUAGUGAUUGGGUUUUAUAAUGGGUAGGCGAAGGAGAGCGAGAGUGGAAUUCAGUACUGAAACCUGUUGGCAAUUCUCCAAAAAAAAAAAAACAAAACACCUUGUUUUUUAAAAAACCUUCACUCUUUCUUGCUAAGGUGGAAUUCAAGUAGUUCUCAUUAUAGAAUGAAAUACAAAGGUGUACCCCUACCAUGAGGGGUCCCCUCUGCCCCCCCGCCCCCCCCCCCCCCCCCCCCCCCUUUACCCUGGUUCUGUAAGUCAAGUGGUGGCAGUCCAAGAACCCUCCUGGAUUUUACUGACACUGAUUUAAUACAAGGGGUGUAUGUGUGUGUGUACAUAGGAUGAGGUUUUAAGCUUUCUGCUCCUCUUUGGCUUGCAAAGCAAACAUAGGAAACAUUUAAAAAGAAGUCUGAGAAUUGAGUGCCAAGAUCUUUUAAAAAAAACACACACGUGCGCGCGCACACACACACUCACUCACUCACAAUCCUUGGUUCUGGGAGACAAAUACUUAACCAACAGUACUAUAUCUCAGCACAGAUAGUGGGUUUCUUCACUGUCUGGUAGGUAUCAUCUUUCCUGAUAUUGAGUUAGAUAAGUUCCAUCUCUGACACUGAUUGCUUGCUGGACUCUUAACUAACAAGUGAGUCUGUCUUUGUGGCUGUUUUCUGGUAAUGCAAAGCUUAUGGCAAGGCAGCCAAACACUUCUGUCUCUCGUGAAGAUUUCAAGCUUUUGCUGAUAUGUCACGUUUAAAACCAGACGCACAAUUUUCAACUAUUGGAGUCAAGCUAGCAAACUUUCUUAGAUUUUUGUACAAAGCCUUGUACCUGUACGAGUUCUGAUUUCAAUAAACAAGUGCUUGUGCGGUG